AAACCACAGAAGAAGAAGAAGACCCUCCGCCAAUAUGAAGGCACCCGGGGCAGCUUCUGCCUUUGAUUUUAAAGAAUAAGCCGUGUUAUGUCUACUGGUGCUGAAUCCACUAACUCGACUAAAGUAGAUGCGACACCGAAUUAAUAUCUUGGUCCUGCAGAAUGUCCAAGAUCAGGCGGAAGGUAACAGUGGAGAAUUCAAAAACCAUAUCUGAUAGCAGCAGCAGCAGCAGCACCACGACCAGCAGCACCAGCAACCCCACUGCCCCCUCCCGCCGGCCCAGUGUGUUCGAAAGACUUGGCCCCAGCACUGGGAGUAAUGCUGCUGAUAGUCACUGUAGAAAUUGGCUGAAGACCGGUAAUUGCAGUUACGGCAACACUUGUCGCUACACACAUGGAACUCAGCCACGAGGCAAAGGAUUUAGCUUUAGUCGGUCAGCCGAGAGACCCACAGGUGAUCUGCGGGAGAGGAUGAAGAAUAAAAGACAGGAUGCUGACCCAGAAAACCUGAAGCGAGACGUAGACGAGCCCACAUCCCCCACACCGAGAAAGAGAGACUCCUCCAGAAGCCGACACAGGGAAAAGGACGAUAUAAAGAUCACAAAGGAGCGGACCCCAGCCAGUGAAGAAGAGCCCACAGAGUGGGAAACCAAUCGUGAAGACUCGGAUAUCGGUGACUACGACUACGAGUUAUCCCUAGAGAUGAAGCGCCAGAAGAUUCAACGUGAGCUGAUGAAAUUGGAGCAGGAGAACUUGGAAAAGAGAGACGAGAUUGUCAUCAAGAAAGAUGAGACCCCCACCAAAACAAGAGCCACCGCCAUGCAGAAGGCCUCCCCGGAGCAGUUAAGCAAUAAAGACUCACCCUCAUCCAGGAAGUCCAUGGGAUCCCCAAAACACAAAAGUGGAACCAAAGGCUCAGGCUCUGGGAAGAAAGAAAAGAAGUUGUCAGUGUCCUCACCUGUUACAGAAUCUGUCAGGUCUUCAAAAGGGAGCCACAGUAAGAAGAAAGGACCACGUACCCCCAGUCCUCCUCCCCCAGUCCCUCUGGACAUUCCUGUGAUUGGGAAGAAACACAAAGGCAAGCACAAAAACAAGGAGAAGUCUGUGGAGAAGCAGAAGGACGGGAAAGAUCGGGGACGAGAUACAGAGAAACACAAAGAGAAGAAGGAAAAACGCAGGGACCGAUCAGACAGUUCCCACAAGGCCAAGCGGUCUGUGACUUCAGAGGAGCGUUCUGGUAGUGUGUCAUCUCCCUCCAGGGGCACUUCACCCUCAGCCAGGAAGAAAUCUACGUCUCCUAAAGCUUCGUCGCAUAAGACCUCUGUGCUGGCCUCCCCUCUUCGCAGGUCUCCUUCUCCUCCGCGCCGCCAGCGCACCCCCACUCCUCCCCGCCACCACUCCCCUUCCUCCCACUCGGGUUCUUCUGCCCAGCGGCACUCUUUGUCUCCUCGUCGCCGUCGCUCGUCCUCUCCCACCUACCACCGGAGCACAGCAGCCCCGGCCUCGGCCUCCUCCCCUCCGAGCUCCCGACGCUCCCGAUCACCUCCUGCCUCCCAUGACCGAUCUGACAGGUCGAGCCCCAGCCGGCGCCACUCCAGGGGCCGCGAGAGGAGCCGUGGUGAAAGAGAGAGGAGCCCGCCUGCCCAGGAGCGCAGACAUGAGCGCAGAGAUGGAAGCCGCAGUAAGCGAGAGAAGGACAGCAUCCGUGACGACCGGGACUAUGACUCCGAACUGAUCUCAUCACGAGACGCUCGCGAUGACAGAGAGACUAGAGAGGCCCGUGAGCGACGGGACACUCGCGAUCGGGGAAGAGAAACAACCCGAGACUCUCGCGACCACCGGGACAACAGGGACGUAAAGGACUCCAGAGAGAGCAGGACAGAGACGCGCUCCAGUCGGGAGUCACUGGAGAUUCGCGAGCGGGAACGAGAAAGGGACCGGGAGAAGGAGAGGGAGAAGGACAGAGAUAGAGAGAGGGAGAGGGCUGACACCUACAGGAAGGAGGAACUGGCCCAGGAAGACAGGAGUUAUGGAAGAGGUCAUGGACGCGAUGACGGAGGGAGAGGUGAAGUAAGGACGGAGAACAGGACUGACAGAGCGGAGAGGAACGGACGAGGGAGAGGGCGUGCUAAUGAAACAUCUGAUAAAGGGUCUAACAGAAACUCCCGGGGUUCCCAACUAGAAAGCAGCCACGACAACUGGGAGUCACGGAGCAGCUCGGUGCGCGAACGCAGCGCAGAGAGGAGCACCGAUCGCAGUGCUGCUGAAAGAAGUUCCGAGAGGGGUUCAGACCGAGAUCGCUAUGAGAGCGACAGGAGAGGAGAGCCGGCACGAGACUCGUCUUACGACAGGAGAGGAGGGCAUGGAGAGCGGGAUCGCAGAGACAACCGAGAGAGAGAUCAAAGAGCAGCCUCUCCGAAUAGACACCAGGGCAGAUCAGAGGAGUCUGAGAGGGAAGAGAGGAGGGAGGAGCGGAGGACAGAUAGAGCAGAAGACAGACGAGACGACAGGCCCCGGGAGCGAGACAGGGAGCGGGAGAGGGAGAAAGAGAGGGAGAGGGAAAAGGAGCGAGAGAAGGAGAGGGAGGCCGAGAGGGAGCGGGCGGCCCGGGAGCGGGAACGGGAGAGGGAGAGGGAGCGAGAGAGGGAGAGGGAGCGGGAGCGAGAGAGGGAAAAGGAGCGAAGCCGCAGUAAGCGAGAGAAGGACAGCAUCCGUGACGACCGGGACUAUGACUCCGAACUGAUCUCAUCACGAGACGCUCGCGAUGACAGAGAGACUAGAGAGGCCCGUGAGCGACGGGACACUCGCGAUCGGGGAAGAGAAACAACCCGAGACUCUCGCGACCACCGGGACAACAGGGACGUAAAGGACUCCAGAGAGAGCAGGACAGAGACGCGCUCCAGUCGGGAGUCACUGGAGAUUCGCGAGCGGGAACGAGAAAGGGACCGGGAGAAGGAGAGGGAGAAGGACAGAGAUAGAGAGAGGGAGAGGGCUGACACCUACAGGAAGGAGGAACUGGCCCAGGAAGACAGGAGUUAUGGAAGAGGUCAUGGACGCGAUGACGGAGGGAGAGGUGAAGUAAGGACGGAGAACAGGACUGACAGAGCGGAGAGGAACGGACGAGGGAGAGGGCGUGCUAAUGAAACAUCUGAUAAAGGGUCUAACAGAAACUCCCGGGGUUCCCAACUAGAAAGCAGCCACGACAACUGGGAGUCACGGAGCAGCUCGGUGCGCGAACGCAGCGCAGAGAGGAGCACCGAUCGCAGUGCUGCUGAAAGAAGUUCCGAGAGGGGUUCAGACCGAGAUCGCUAUGAGAGCGACAGGAGAGGAGAGCCGGCACGAGACUCGUCUUACGACAGGAGAGGAGGGCAUGGAGAGCGGGAUCGCAGAGACAACCGAGAGAGAGAUCAAAGAGCAGCCUCUCCGAAUAGACACCAGGGCAGAUCAGAGGAGUCUGAGAGGGAAGAGAGGAGGGAGGAGCGGAGGACAGAUAGAGCAGAAGACAGACGAGACGACAGGCCCCGGGAGCGAGACAGGGAGCGGGAGAGGGAGAAAGAGAGGGAGAGGGAAAAGGAGCGAGAGAAGGAGAGGGAGGCCGAGAGGGAGCGGGCGGCCCGGGAGCGGGAACGGGAGAGGGAGAGGGAGCGAGAGAGGGAGAGGGAGCGGGAGCGAGAGAGGGAAAAGGAGCGUGAGGAACGGGAGAGGGAGAGGGAGGAGCGGGAGCGCGAAAGGGAGAGGAAGGAGCGAGAGAGGGAGCGGGAGAGAGAGAGGGAGCAGCGGGAGAGAGAGAGGCAGCGGGAGUGGGAGGAGCGAGAGAGAGGGAGAGAGGAAAGGCGGGAGAGGAGAGACGACGUGAGGGACGACCGGCCCGUCCGAGACACCCGGGACGAUCGCAAGACGAGUCGAAAGAGGUCCAGGGUGGAGAGCAGCCCGAGCCCCCGGACCUCGCCUAAGCGAGCAACGCGGGACCUCAGUCCGGCAGACAGCGACGGCUACAACAGCACGGAAGAGAAAAGUGCCGACAAGCAUCGUCUGCUGAGCCAGGUGGUGCGGCCCCAGGAGCCCUUGCUGCGUUCUCCACCGAGGGCUGCUCCAUCUGAAGACAAGCCCAGUCACUGGAAGGACGAGGAACGCAGAGGAGCCGGGGACAAAAGGGAAGCACGCGGCCGCCUAGAGGACCUGGAGCCCCGCGGGGAACGCAGCAGAGCAGCAGGCGACAGACGAGGAGAGCACCUUGGUGCAGACACCCCGUCCGACUCCCGUAGCAGAGGCAGAGAGCAGCGAGAACCCACGCCGCCUCCUCAACCUUCUUCAGCCACCGGCAGCGAAGACAGAGACACGGCUGGCUCCCAGUCCCACGAGGAGGGCAAAAAGAAGACAAAGUCGUGGAGGAAGGGCUUGAAGAAGGUCCGCAAAGAAGAGGAGGUUGGCGGUGGCAUCAGCCUGGCUGGUGCGGGCGAUCGUUUCAACCCGGAGCCCCCAACUGUCGGCACUACAGAUGCAGCUCCACCCUUACACUCCCCCAGGAAAGGAACCAAGAAGAAGGCGCUUGAACGAAAGAGGAAACGGUCACGAGGAGAAUCUGAUGUGUCUGACGAGGAUUCAUCAGCCCACCAGCCACAUAGCAAGAGGAAGCGAGGUCCCCGGACACCACCACCCUCGAUGAGGCCUGAUCACCGCGGUACUGGAGGCAACACAGAGCCGUCUCCACUGCCCAAAAUGGACAACUUCAGUGACUGGUCAGAUGAGGAGGUCACAGAGCGAGGUGGAGGACCGCUGGAAACACAAGCACCCCCGGGUCCUGCUGAGAGGGCUCCUGCUGAGCCUCUUAGGAGAGGUGGUCCCAGGGUGGGCAGGGACAGGGAGCGGUGCAACCCACCUCCCAUCGCCCCUCUACUCCCGCAGGAGCCUCCAUUGAUGCUGCAGACUCUGACUCCGCAGCCCCUCAUGUCCCAGCCGCUGCUCCGCAAACCUCCCCCAGAGCAGACGCGUAGCAGCAGCAUGGGAAGCAACCAGAGCCGCACGUCAUCCAGGCGCCUGCGAUCGCCAUCCAAUGAGUCUGCACACCGAGAGGACCCCCAAGGGCCGCGAUCCCGCCGGGGCAGGCUGCAGGGCACCAACUCUCGAGACCGGGACAGAGAACGGGAGAGGAUAGCUGAGAGAGAGAGGCCAGUCGUGAGUGAGCCUCCAGGGGCAGAGAGAAAGUCUCGAAUUGACCAGUUGAGGAGAGGAGAGCCCAGCCGCAGCACCUCCUCAGACCGGCAGGAUUCCCGCAGUCACAGCUCCAGACGCAGCUCUCCUGACUCUGAAAGGCAGACCACAUCCAGGUCCCGCGCCGGCUCCUACGACAGUCGAGAACGGGAGAGAGACAGGGAGCCGUUUGAGCGGGAGAGGGAACGAGACCGAAAGGAGCUUCGGCCUCAGCAGCAGCCGCAACAGCAGCAGCCCCUGCUCCUCCAACAGCCCCUGCAACAACAGAGAGACUGGGAGCCCGAACCUAGGGACUGGCCUAGCAGGGGACGGGAGCCCCUACUGAUGCGUCCUGGCCGUGAACCUCUCCCGAGGGAGCGGGAUAUCAGGGACAGGGAACGCUUACUCCCAGAGGGACUCAUCCAGCAGCACGAACGGGAGCGAGAGAGGGAGCGAGAGAGAGACAGUAGAGGUGACCGAGGCGGCGAUCGCGAGAGGGAGAGGAUGAUGAUGAUGGACCUGCCGCCCCACCCUGACCCCAGGGCUCCAGGACGAGGGGAACUAAGAGGCGAAAUGAGAGGAGACCUGCGAGGGGACAUGUUGAGACAGGAAAGGGGCGACUAUGAGCCUCUGCUGCCAAGAGAAGCCUUCAGCCCUCCAGAGCCGGAGAAACCGAGUAACAGUCACCAUCUCAUGGGAGAUCAAAGGGAGCUGGAGAAGACGGACAGUAUUGACGGGGACGAUGAUGGGAAAGAAGACGAUGGCCAGUCAGUCGCAUCUGUUGGAGAGGAGUAUGAACCAAUCAGUGACGAUGAGCUGGAUGAAAUCCUUGCUGACAGCCAGAAAAAAGAGGAUCAGCAAGAUGAUGACAAAAUUACAGGUCCUCUGGAUGUGAUUGAUGUGGACUGGUCCAGCCUGAUGCCCAAACAGAAGCAGGAACCCCGGGCAGCCGGGGCAGCGUUGCUCCGGUUCACACCAGGGGCCGUGCUUCUUAGGGCAGGCAUCUCCAAGCGACUUGCUGGGCCUGAGCUCAUGGAGCAGGCCAGAGAGGUGUGCAAGUCUGAGCUGGACGACCCCAAAGAUACUGACAAGCUGUUUGAGCAUGACCUGGGGGCCCUGAAUAUGGCAGCCCUGAACAGGCGAGUGGAGAGGGCAGGUUUACUGAGCAACCUCGGGCCCUGCUGCAAGGCCCUGUGUGCCCGCAGGGACUUCACCAUCCGACGGCAGCUCCUUAAAAAUGACAAGGGCCUGACCAAGCAGUACCCCGCUAUGCCUGUGGUAGACAGCGAGCUGCUGCAGAUGAGCAUGCGUCUCUUCAGAAGGACCAUGGCUGGCCAGGCCUCAGGCCCAGAAAGGUCUGACGGUGGGUCAGCGCCAGGUGCCGAGGUUGCUGCUGCUGGUAGCAGUAGUAAGCUCAGCACAGUCCAGCCUGAGGUGUGUGUGUCCUGAAAGAAAUGGGCUUAGUGAGUCAAACACAUGAAAGUGAACGCUUCUAAGCCCUUACUUCUUCCAGCCCCUAACUCUCCCUGACUCUGUCCCAUUGUAUUGCAUACAUACAUUACAUACAUAGCAUUUUUAGUCAUGAGAGGAAAUAAAGAAAAACAGCAAAAUUGUGAGUCUUGCCCAGUUAUGCUUUACAUGUUUUUGAUGAUCUGCAAGUGCUGUGCCAUAGACUACUGGACAUUCUAGCCUAUGGAGGUGUGUAAUGAACCGUGUACGAGAAACAUAAAACAUACCUAAAAUGACUUCAUGUUUUUUUUUCUUUUUUUGUGCUUUACAAUGUUUUAGAGCAGCUUUUUAAUUGUCUAUUUCACCUGCCUAACCAAGUUCAAAUUACUGUUUUGUUUUCAUAUAUUGUGCAUUGGUUACUACAACUGUGCAUUAAAAUGGUUAGAUGUUGAUUUUUGUAACGGGUCUUUUGCUUUGUAUGAAGUGACUGUUUAGCCUUCAAAUGUGACACUUGAUGUUUUUGUUUACACCAUAUUACAAAAUCUGCAAAGCAAAUCUAUAGCAUUUGCUGCAGUUUGUUACUGACCAUCAACACUGAAACAUCCUGCAGGGACUUGAAUGAACGUUUCUCCUGAAUAAGCACUGCCAAACUAUUCCUUCGUUGAAUGUUAUUUGUUCUAACUGUUAAUCUUUGGAAACAUUAUUGCUUUUUGCUUGAUGUGUUUGUUUUGAAUGGUUUGGCAAUGUCUCCCUGAAAUGAAAUGAACUGAAGUAAGCGCAGAGCACACUAUAUAGACUGCAGUGUACCAGAUCUCCAACACUGCCAUGUGGAAUUCUUCUCCUUAACUUUCACCAGCCCACACCGUCCAAAAAGGAGCCAAAAGGUUCCCAAUAGGAAAAGACGGUAGACUGUUUAGAUAAAAAUGGAUGGAAAGAUAAUUAACUUCCACUUUACAUCACAUUUCUGUGGUUGACCAUCCAGAGUCACAAUAAAAAGACUUGUGUACAGGUGGAUAAAUGGAACCUCUGGGAUGUGGUUGUAUGAACACUUAGUUCAAGAAGUGACAAUUGAAAUGAGCAGAUUGUGUAUGCUGCGAGUGCUUGGACACAUUCAAUGGACAAACUGGCAUCACUGAACAGCUUAAAGACCAUAAUAAGAAUGGGAAAGUGUCUUGUUAUCUUAGAGGCCUGGAUUCAACAUGACACCACCUCCCGGCCAUGCAACUGUGACUUGAAGUUUAAGUGACAUUUCAGACACGGAGAGAGUGGGCUCUGAUGUAGCCCGUUAUCGUUUAGUCUGACCACAACUCUAUGUUGUUGGAAAACACUUUUCCUACUACAUAUUUAUUUUGUCUAAGGUUCAAGGUCAAUUUUCAGAUGUGCAAGUAAUGAUAUCUAGAUUAACGCUGUAUUUUUUUACUGUUAAAUAAAUGUAGAGUGACAUUUUU